UUAAAUACCAGGAAGUUGUAAACAAAGCUUGACAGCUAUUCAGUUAGCUGUUAACUACACCGGUACGGACUCCGAACUGCUCGUGUAAACAAUCGUGUUACUCGCCGUUUCUAGGUGUCUUUUAAUAAUUUCGUCUUCUUCGUGUGACGUUAAAAUACUAAUCCAGAAUAUUAUUUUUUCCCCCAUCGUGUACUGUGUUGGAAAUGAUACAGUUGGCUGGGUUUGCUCGACGACGUAAACUAGACUCACUGUCGCUGUAAAGUGCUUUUUAAAGGCACUCCCGUCAUCCGUGUAAACACAGAGAAAUCGGACUACGUCAGUUUUGAGAUUUUUCUUUCUGUUGCGUUUGCAACAUCAAGGCGGCGUGAAACGCUAACGCCCCACACCUAAGCGGGACGACAAUGUCGACGUCAAACGCUAAUUUCAAAAACAAGUGUGUCGCCCAAGUUAACUGCAUCUUUUGUGACAGCGUGCUCUGUACGAGAGGCAUGAAAGCAGUGCUUCUUGCAGACACCGAGGUUGAGUUGUUUUCUACUGAUAUACCUCCAAACAGAACUGUUGACUUUGUGGCCGGCUGCUACUCUACUGAAAGCUGCAAGUGCAAAUUGAGAGACAUUGCAUGUCUCAAGUGUGGCAAUGUAGUGGGCUAUCAUGUUGUGGCUCCCUGUAAACCCUGCCUGCUCUCCUGUAACAACGGACACUUCUGGAUGUUCAACAGUGACGCUGUUUCCACUCUCAACAGAUUGGAUGCAACAGGUCUCAAUCUGCUCCUGUGGGGAGAUCUGCCCGAGCUGGACGACAGUGAGAACGAGGAACCAGAAAGCCUGUCAGAGAAGGAGUGCAUCAGGUAAAGAUGGACAUGGAUGACUGGAGAGGCUUUGCAGCAGCCAACAGUUGGGAGGUGGAACUGCAUGAGUCGGAGACAGGGGAGGCCUUUAAGUGUAAUUUAACUCUUAAUCACAUAGGAAUAAAAGAUGCUGCUUUGUUCAGGUUCAAACGAGACCAGUGUGUGUCUCAAGCCACGCCCCGAUCAGUGAUGUCAGAGCAGGUGUUUGGCCUUAGACAGCUGGUGGAACACCUGCUCUGACACACGGGGGAUUAGUCGGGUCUGAAGGACAGCACACUCCAAAGGUUGAAUCCCCAGAAUACAGCACAGUAGUGGUGCUUGUCUGUAUAAGACACACUCUGCCCCUUUUUAAAAAUGUUUAAAUUCCAACUGUACCAGUAAAUCACCUGUUAUAUGAGUACUGUUCCCCUCGCUUCUUGUGGGUGGCAAUAAUUAGCAUUUCAAAGAGAAGACUACGAUGCAAAUGACAAAGCAACACGCAUCUCUUAAGAAGUCAGUAUUCUGUCUAAAAGCAGGCUUAAUUCAGUGUUGGUUUACUCUUUAACCCUUGGCCAUGCCUAUCAUAUCACCCCCACUGUUUAAAGAUGAGAGACAUUGUCACACAUCUGUUAUCCCCCUGAAGAAAAUAACUUGUUGUGUCAAUUGAGAUAAUGAGUAAAAAGAUGAAAUUAAGAUAUAUCCAUCACUAGCCUCUGCUCUCAAGCUAAAGGUGGAUUCUUAAUAACAAUUUCAACCGCUCAUUAAAUCAUAUACGGUGCUUACAUUAAGCCUGGCUCUCUGACAUGAUUACACCAAACCUACUGUAGUGAGUAUCUACUUUUAACAGGUCGAGUGUGGCACCGCGACUGAACCAGUGUGUUUCUUUGAAUGGAAAAAUAGCAUAGUUGCUUUAAAGGGCAUUCGAUGCAUGGGUUACAGAAAGUAAUAUUGUAGAGUAUGUGUGAGCCAUUGAUAUAUGCAAGCAUAUAUGCCCCAAGUGUUACUGGAUGUGUAAUGCUGUGACACUGCCUGAACUAUUUAGCACAUAUGAAACAGGCCUAAUCUUUGUUUUGAUUGUUUUUGUUUUGUUUUGUGUGUAGCAGCAUCACUGUAGCACCUUAAAAGUGGACAAUUAAAAAAAAAAAAAUCACACAAAAAACCCGAAUUAUUGGUUUCCAUCUGAUCAAAGUACUACUUUACUUACACAAGUGUAUUACCGUAAACUCAUUCACUGCCAUUGACGGCUAUUGAAGUCCAUGUUACUUGGGAGGGCUGGGAGUGAAUGGGUUAAUACCGGAACCAGCCAAACUAUCACCAUCAUAGAACCAUUGACUUUACAGAACAUGUUUUAUGUAACGUUUUAAUAUUUUGUAAAAAGUUGAUGCUGUGCUAUUAAUAUAUUAAACCAAUAAAUUACUCUAAACCAAUAAUGAGUAAAGGCGUGUAAUAAAUGUGGCUCAUACAUCUUUUUAACAUACGUGUAUAAAGAAUUUAUUGCUAAUGUAAUGUUAAUGUGUUGAAGAAAAAACACUCUACCUUCGAAAACAAGUGACGUAGCAGGUAGCCAGUCGUCGGCUGGACGUCUGAGUCAUUUUUAUCUCUGAGAUUGUACGACCAUUGUGGUGUUUACAUUUUGAGGUUUUGCCGUAAUUUGAUUGAAUAAUGGUAUAUACUUUGGGCUCGGUAGAUCUGUGUUGUAGUUUCAGCAGUGUUGAACACUUUGUGGUAUAACUGCACCCAAAGUAUGCUGCCGUUCACCCAAAGUAUGCUGCCGUUCACCCAAAGUAUGCUGCCGUUCUCCCUGAUAACAUGCUAAAGUUAGCAUUCUUUGUGUCCUCUGCCUGUAUUGAAGCAAACAAGAUUUUUGCUGUAGUCUGCAGUGUGUGUGUGUGUGUGUGUGUGUGUGUGUGUGUGUGUGUGUGUGUGUGUGUGUGUGUGUGUGUGUGUGUGUGCGUGCGUGCCUGCGUGCGUGCGUGCCUGCGUGCGUGCAGAGUGGCAAGGCAAACUCGUCCUACAACUGACAUUCUACACUCUACACAACAAAUAAUGUCAUUGUAGUAAACUGCUAGAACUGUUAUUUAUUAAGGCCUCAGGCCAAAUACAACCACACGCUUCCUUUUUGUUUGCAAUUUUUGUUUACAAUUUUUGUUUACAAAUGCAUUGGUUUGUAAUGUGCAUUUUAAUGUAUUUUAUAUUUCAUUUCUGAUGUUUUGUUUUAAAGGGUUGGAAUUAUGUAUAGUUUUACCUCAAAAAGGUAUCACUUAUGAGCUUCCUCUGGCUGGGACAAUAAUCACAUGAUAAUAAAACAAAAAAAUUUAAUGUUUAUGAGGUGAAUAACUUUAACUUGCCCUGCUGAAAAUGUAUAUUUUGGAAUUGCACUGAAACUGCCUUGGUAGUUUGGAAAACUGAUUGUUGUUUUG